CAUGGCUGAGUAGGGUUAUCUCUAUAUCAUCGAUGGUAUCUUUGUUGUGCUUUGUCGAAGAUCAGUCUUUGCGAAUGUUCUUCCGCCGCCAUCACUUACUAGUCAACCCCUCUGCUACGACAGGAGCUUGGCGCAAAAGGCCUCAACUUGCCGUUAAGUACCGCAUGUGAAUGGAAAACGAAGAACUGAGCCCUCAGAUUCUAGGAUUUCACAACUGAGGCGUGCGUAACUGCCUCAAAGUCUCUUGACACAACCAGAGCCAGAGCCAGAAUGACUAAAGUCCACCAGAGCCUCCAGAGGGUAUAAAUAUGGUAUCCACUCCAUAUUCCUUCCUUGAUUUUUACAAACCCCUCAUCUCUGAUCAUUUGCACAAUGAGGACCUCGAUGCUAUUGACCGUCGCUGCUCUUGUGGGUAUUGUACUAGCACAUCCUCAUCCCAACCAAGACCCACCUCAACCUGAAGUGACCGAAGACGCUCGUCUCAAAGCAAAUGAUGUACGCAUCCUCAACCGUCCUAUCAAUCGCGCAUCGACUGCCGCCAGUCUGGGGACUACCACAUGGGACCCUCCUGCCGGUAUGGUUUCCGCUCUUGAAGAGGUCUGGACCGAAACCCUGAAAAGGCGCCCUAAUGGACAUGGAGCUUUUGACAAAAACAGAGAAUUCAUCCCCAAGCUCAUGGCCAAUUACCACAGAACCGGUGCUGGAAAAAUUGACUAUUGUGUCGCCAUGAGUAACGAGAGAAACGUCACAGCUCUCGAGCGAGCGAAUAUGAAAUCUGGCCUCCAACGCGUGAUGCAGGAAUGGGUAGACACGCUCGUGGGAUUCGAAGGAUUUCCCAUAACCAAAGUCGAUCUCGAUGUUAUUUCCUACGCUGUUACGCAUAGGAGUCAAGUUCAAGGCGACACCACUGGUUUGGAUAUCUUCACCACUUCUGAGGUAGACAAUGAAGGCACGACAAAGUGCGAUCCUCGCUGCUACCGUGAUAAUUUGAAGACUUCAACAGAUGGCGAAACCACUUGUCCCGGCGGAGAGAAAAAUAUGUUCGACAUGGAACUCCGACUCGCACAGUGGCCCAUGAAUAUACUCGGUUUCGGUGCGGAAUGGGGUCAAGCCUUCAGACCUUGGUUCAUCUUCCGCCACACGGACGACGACAUGUUGUGGACUUUGCGCCAUGAGAUGGGCCAUUCUUUCGGUCUGAUUGAUUUUGGCACUGACACUGUUCCCACAGGUCAGGAAAACUUCGUCAUGCGUGGACAUCGUGCGGCUUAUAUCACGGAAUUUGACGCUUGGAUGUUGAGGGAUUGGUGGAUGAAACUCAAGGCUCAUAAUGGUUGGUAG